AGGCGGCGGAUCUGGAUCCUGGAUCGCGCUCAGACUACCAUUGCCUGCUCACAAGGGUUGAUGUGCAGACUAGCCCAGCCAGCGCCAGAGGCAAUCGUCGUUAUCGUAAUGACACCUUUCGCCAGCGGGGGUGUUUUCCGGCACGACACUGUGUGGGACCGAAGACGAGAGAAGAGGAGAUCCUACCAGGUGGAGAAGCCCUGGCCCAGGACAACUGCUUGGCAAACCGGCAGCGGUUCUACGCGUAUUUUUGCGCAUUUGUGGUCAGCCUCUACAGCCACCGCCUGGGGUUAUAUCGAACAUGGUGCUGGAGCAGGUGAAGAAGGCGGAGGAGGCGGGCUGCGUCCAAGAGGGAUACAUUGUGAAUGUCGACGACCACAAGACCGCCCGAUCCUUCAUGGCGGGGCAGCUUUUCUUGUGGCCCGAAGAAUUUCAGUGGCUCCGGGACUGGGUGGCCAUGCAGGGGACGGCCUACCCCCAUCCCCACAAGGACAAUCAACUGGUAUUUUUCACCGGGGGCCGGGGCCCAGCCAAGGACCUGAACACAUACCUGAGGACAGCGUGGGCGGAGAUGGGCCUGCCUGGAAGGCCCAUAUUCACAGACAUAAGGAUGGCAGGGAAAGGACUCCCAAGAAGGCCCGGAGAUUUCCGUUGGUGAAGAUCACCCCCCUGAAGAUGCCUGCUGCUCCGGCAGACCCUGUUAUGCCAAGCCCCAAGUGCAAUGUCUGGAGCCCCUCCAUGGUCACGGCCAGGGCCAGGCAUUACCUGACGCGUAGGGGCGCUCUGGCCAGCCCGUCCAAGCCAGCCUCCCAGCUAGUCCCCAAGGUUGAGCCAGACCCAGAGCCGACGAGGGAGCCAGAGGCGGACCCUCAGCCGACGCCGGAGGUGGAGGUUGACAUGGUGCCAGACACAGACCCAGAACCGGAGGUGGCAGAAGACUCGGAGGACCCAGGACACCAGGUAUAGAGGACUCAGAGGACCGAGGCACCAAGCCCCAAUCCCCCCGUUCAGAACUCUCCCUCCCAACACCCAAGUUCAUUAAGCCCCAAUCCCCCCGUUCAGAACCCUCCCUCCCAACACCCAAGUUCAUCUAGCCCCAAUCCCCCCGUUCAGAACCCUCCCUCCCAACACCCAAGUUCAUUAAGCCCCAAUCCCCCUGUUCAGAACCCUCCCUCCCAACACCCAAGUUCAUUAAGCUCCAAUCCCCCUGUUCAGCCCCCACACCACCCACACUCUUUCCCCUGUUCACUGCACUGCAGCACUUUGAUUGUUCAGCACUUAACUGCCGGUUGUUUGUAUAAAUGUGAAAUAAAAUUUUAUAUUUUAUUCUUUUUUAUUUUUUACCUCCAUUUUGUUACACCAUUGGA